AUGAUUUCAGGACGUGGGGGAGGAGGCCCGGCUCAAAAGUCUGGCCGGAUCCGACCUCCUCGCCGCAUGGUCAAGCCCAUGGUCGGACGUGGAGGUGAUCCCAACGACAUCGAGGCUCCCUGGCAGACUCUCAAGGAGGCCAUGCUCGACAUCCACAACAAGAACUGCAGCACUCUCGCUUUCGAACAACUCUACCGUGCGUCUUACAAGAUUGUCCUCAAUAAGAAAGGCGAUCUGCUCUACGAUCGAGUGCGAGAAUUCGAAACAGCCUACUUUGCCGACCAUGUCAUCCCCGCCAUUGAGAAACUCGUCACGGCAAACCUCAUCAGCAUCGCCACGGGCAAAUCCAACUCGUCCGUCAACGAGCGGCGCCAGAUGAGCGAGCACUUUUUGCGCAACCUCAGGGUGUCAUGGGAGGACCACAAUACGUCGAUGAACAUGGUCGCCGACAUUCUGAUGUACCUCGACCGAGGUUACAGUCAGGAUUCGCGCCGGCCUUCCAUCUACACCAGCUGCAUCGGUCUGUACCGUGAUCGCAUUCUACGCGCGAGCCUCAACGACAAUGCCGACUAUACCAUUUUCGAUAUCCUCAACUCGGUCGUGCUCGACCUCGUCAACAUGGAGAGGGACGGGGAGGUUAUCGACCGCUACAUGAUCAAGAACACCCGUUUUUCUCCAGUCCUUGGAUACUACGCCAAAGAGUGUUCAGAGGCUCUCGAUGAGGCGACGCAGCGUUUGGCUGCCGCAACCGAACGACGAUUGUCGAGAGUCGAUCGAUGCGAGACGACUCUUCACAGAGAUACCAAGGAGCAGUGCAUCAAGAUCGUGGAGGCCGAGCUGAUAUCGCGCCACCUUGACGAGUUUCUGGCGCUCGAGGCUAGCGGGCUCAAGGCUAUGCUCGAUCAUGAUCGAAUCCACGAGCUAUCUAUUCUAUUUGGGUUGGUGGCUCGAGUCGACGAGACAAAAGCAUCUAUGAAGGCUAUUCUCUCUAGUCGAGUUGUGGAACUGGGUCUCGAGAUCGAACAGAACGUCAAGAAUACCGAUUUUUCCGCCCCUGCUCCUGCGGGUGACGGUGAGGAGGCUGCCGAUGGCGCGGACAAGAGCAAGGCGCCAGCGGCUCCCUCCGUCUCCGCACAACAGACGGCUGCCGCGAUCAAGUGGGUCAACGAUGUCCUGCAGCUCAAGGACAAGUUCGACAACAUUUGGCGCCAGGCCUUCCACGAGGACCUUGUCCUGCAGACAGUGCUCACCAAGAGCUUUUCCGACUUCAUCAAUGUCUUUGCGCGAGCCUCGGAAUAUGUGUCGCUCUUCAUUGACGACAACCUACGCCGCGGCAUCCGAGGCAAAACGGACGAGGAGAUCCACGUCAUCAUGGAUAAGGCCAUCAUCCUGAUCCACUACCUCCAGGACCGCGACAUGUUUGAGCGAUACUACCAAAAGCACCUGGCGAAGCGGUUACUCCACAGCAAAUCGGAAAGUCACGAGGCCGAGAAGGAGAUGAUCUCUCGCAUGAAGAGCAAGCUCGGUAACCAGUUCACGGCCAAAUUUGAGGGCAUGCUUCGCGACAUGGACACGUCAAAGGAGACAACCGCCGGCUACCGAGAUCACAUUCGCUCUUUGGGAGAUGUCGAGCGCCCACAGGCCGAACUCGGCAUUAAUAUUCUGACGAGCAACAGCUGGCCGCCCGAGGUCAUGGGUCGCAGCGCACCACUCGCCGGUGGCACCGAAUGCAUCUACCCCGAGGAAAUCACAAGGCUGCAGGAAAGCCUUACCAAGUACUAUCUCACAAAUCGCAGCGGUCGCAAGCUCAGCUGGGUCGGUACGGCCGGUAAUGCAGACAUUCGCUGCGUGUUCCCCGCCAUGGCAGGUGGCAAGGGGCCUCUGGCCCGCGAGCGCAAAUACGAACUCAACGUUUCCACGUUUGGCAUGGUGAUCAUCAUGCUCUUCAACGAUGUCGACGACCGAUCGUUGACAGCUCAAGAAAUCCAAGCACAGACCAACAUUCCGACGCCCGACCUCAUGAGAACCCUCACCUCGCUUUCAAUCGCGCCCAAGGCACGCGUCCUUCUCAAGGAGCCUGCUAGUCGCCGGAUUGAAAUGACGGACACUUUCAAGUUCAAUGCAUCGUUCGUCAGCAAGACGGUUCGCAUCAAGGCCCCCAUCAUCAACGCCGUCUCCAAGGUUGAAGACGACAGCGAGCGCAAGCAGACGGAGGAGAAGAACGCACAGUCCCGCGCUCACAUUAUCGACGCGGCCAUCGUGCGCACGAUGAAGCAACGGAAAGAGCUUGGCCACUCGCAACUCAUAUCCGAGGUGGUCACUCAGCUGGUCGGUCGGUUCAGCCCUGAGGUCAGCGUUGUCAAGAAGCGGAUCGAGGACUUGAUAGUGCGGGAGUACCUGGAGCGCGUAGAGGACGCUGAUGUGCCAACGUACCGAUAUCUCGCAUGA